UAACACCAAAUUUCUACGCCAAACAAGUUUUAUAAAAUUGAUUUCUCUUUCUUAAUUUAAAGUAUUUUAAUUCAUUUUAAAAAUAUAAACAAAUUGGUUAAAUAAAGUACCAAUUAAUUUUCACUCUUCUUCUAAUAUUCUUGUGCCUUAUGGAAAAUGUUCGCAGUGCUAAAGCAUUUAUUUAAGCUACAAUUCUUGAUAAUUCUCAUUGCUAUUUUCGCCGGUGUUUAUUAUCCAGAAAUUCUUGAAAAAAUCAAAUCUCUAAUCUUUGAAUUAUCUAUUACUGAUAAUGAGCCAAUUGCUGUUAAAUUCAGUGCUGAAGGGCAACCUCAACUAUUUACAAAAGAGACUCUAGCUAAAUUUACCGGCGAAACUGAAGACGAACCAAUUUACUUGAGUAUUUUGGGUUCGGUUUAUGAUGUUAGCAAAGGCAGGAAACAUUAUGGAACUGGUUGUUCGUAUUCAUAUUUUGCUGGAAGAGAUGCUUCAAAAUCGUUUAUUACCGGAGAAUUCGAAGAGUUCGAUGAGAGUUCAGAUGAUGUGAUCACAUUAAAACCAAGUGAAGUUUUAAGCUUGUAUGAUUGGAAGAAAUUCUACGACAAAGAGUACACAUUUAAAGGUUUUGCUGUUGGAAGAUUCUAUGACAACAAUGGUGCCAAAACCAUAUACCACUAUCAAUUAGAUGCUAUAGCUGAUCAAGCACUUGAAGAUAAAAAAACUGCAAAUCAAAUGCUCGAAGUUUAUCCUCAAUGUAAUAUUCAGUGGACAGAAAAGGAAGGAACUCGUGUAUGGUGCACAAAUCAAUCUGGUGGCAAAACACGCGAUUGGACAGGUGUUCCUCGAAAGUAUUAUGAAGCGGGCAAAGACUAUCGUUGUGCAUGCAUAAAAGAAUCUGAUCUUGAUUCUCCCAAUCUAAAGCCUUAUGAAAACUGUGAUCCUUUAUCGACAACCUGUUACUACAAAUUAGAUUGAACAUUUCAAAAUUGAAAA